CGAACGAUCCGUGGGGUUCCUAGCAGCACCUUAAUGGCUGAAAUAGCCGACAAGACUCACAAUGUUAUGGCAUUCACAGAAAUAAUGCAAAUGACUUGGAAAAGACUCAAUGAUAAAAGUAAAAAUUGGCGUCAUGUCUAUAAGUCUCUUGUUCUCUUGGAAUACUUGACCAAGACUGGUAGUGAUAAAGUCGCUACCCAAUGCCGAGAAAAUAUUCACACUAUAGAAACAUUGCGAGACUUUGAGUAUGUUGAAGAUGGAAAAGAUCAUGGUCAGAAUGUCCGUGAGAAAGCUCGUAUUUUGAGUGCACUUCUCAGAGAUGAAGAACGUUUACACGAAGAACGUACAAAGGCUUUAUUAGCUCGUGACCGUCUGAUGCAUGGGAGUCUAGGAACUACAGCUUCCACUGGAGAUUCACCAGUUAAGUAUGGCAUUUCAUCAUCUAGUCGUAGCAGCUAUCCUAUUGAAUAUUCUGGUUCCAACUAUUUUGAAAAAGGAACCUUACAUUUACCUUCAAAAUCUCCUAUUCCUCAUGCUGCCCCUGAACUAGAAUCUGUUAGACCUCAGUCUGCUGGUGAAGAACAAUUACACCUUCAACUUGCUUUGGCUAUCAGUAAAGAAGAACAUGAUCGAGAAGAACGGCGUAGACGAGCUGAAGAGGCUAAAGAAGAAGCCAAAGUACAAAUGGUAUUAGAGCAGAGUCGUCGAGAAGAACAGAAAGAUAAACAUUCAGUCAGUAAUAUUCCGUCUGGAUCCAAUAGUACAUUUGAACCAUUAAGUUAUGCUCCUAGUGGUGGAUUAUUCAAUUUAGUUGAUACUUCGUUGUCAGCUGCACCAGCUCAUCUGCCAGAUCCAUGGUCAACUCCUUUAGCGAUUCCAAACAGUUCAUUGAAUAAUAAUAGUAAUAAUAAUAAUCCAUCAUCCUCAUCUCCAUCUACAUCUACAUUUAAUAAUACCAAUGUACCACAGUCAACAUUUCCACUUAUACCGAUUGAUGAUCCUUGGAGCCCGAAAAAUCAGUCAACUAUUCCAACUCAUUCUACAGCAAAUAAUUCUGACGAGCUGUGGAAUUUGGAAUCAACUUUAGGUGCUACAUUACCAUCUACUUCUAAUACGAACACUGAAUCUGUUGUUUCCAACCACCAUCAUCAUACCAACAAUGGUGGUAAUGCCAGUCAUAACAAUGGACAUUUUGACUUCGAUUUUAACGGGAUUUCAAGUAACACUAAUGACAAUUUCUCUCCAAGAUUUCAACAACAGUCUGCUAGUCUACAACAAAAUGCACAAACAUCUUCAACUACUGAACACCAACAACAACAACAACAAGAACAGCAGCAAGAACAACAGGCCGUACGUAAACGAACUCCUGCUGACUUUUUAGGCGAACAUCAGAAGUUAGUUGAUUUAGAAAAGUUGGUUGAAAAGAAUCCAGCUUCAACAAAUCCAUUCACUAUUGGUCCAAAAUCUGUAACCGGUGCACCAUCUAAUCCAUUUAUAGCUAAUCAAUCAAUCAAACCGUCACUGAAUCAAUUAGCACCAACACCAACAGCUCUAUCAGGUGCAAGUUAUCAUCAGAACACAAUGAAUAAUCCAAUGGUGUAUCAAGUUUCACCAUUUUAUCCUGUCAGUGGUGGUCCUAUAGCACCUGUACAACCGAAUUACAUGGUGCCGAUCAAUACUGCAAACACAUGGUCUGUUAUCGAUGGCCCUGCGAAUAAUAUGAUGCAUCAACAACAGACAAGUAGUUUAAAUCCAUUUUAUUGAAAGUAAUUAUCAAUUUUAUGUAACUGACUAUUAUUAUUAUUAUUAUUUCCGUUGUAGUAUUACGUCACUACUGAAAGUAUCACUAUGUUUGUUUGUGCUCGAACCCUGGUUGCAUAUUGCAUCAUUGUUUCUUCUAUGGUGUUUUUUUUUUGUUUAAGAACAGAAAACACUUCAUUGAUCUCUAAUGCCUUCAUUUUUCUUUUAUAACGCUUACUCAUUGUCAUUUCACAGUUGUGUGUGAUUCCUAUACAAUUAUUAUAUUGUACCAAUCCUUAUGGAACUUAAUCUUUGUACACUUGUUAGCUUUGAUUUUUAUCUCUAUUUUUCAGUUUUUAAAAAAAACAAACAAUUAAUUCAAAGCGUUAACUUCUUUCUUUUCUCUUUGCCUUUGAAAAAAAUAUAUAUAUAUCUAUAAGCUGUCAGGGAUCUCUCAUCUUUUCAUAAUUAUAGUAUUAUAUUAUUAUUAUUAUUAUUAGCUAUCAUCAACGUGAAAAUUGUAUCUGCAUAUUCAAGAUCAAUAUCUGUCUCUUUAUACAUACAUAGUCAGUAGACAAAAAAUUUCUCGUAUGUUUUAUGCAGUUUAUUGUUUUUCUUUAGAAAUGAUGCUUACUUAUAUCACUAAUGACAUCGUUACUAUUUCGAGCCAAUUACAACAACAGCAACAACAACAACGUUAUUCAUUUAUGAAUGUGCAACGAAAUUUUUUGUCUUCUUGAUUCCCCCCACCCACCCGUUAUCUUUAUUUUUUUUUAAUUCCAAUAUAAUGCUUUUAGCCUUUUACUUAGGCCUCCUUUCUUUUUUUUUAAAUCACUAUAUUAUGCUGAUAUACACAUAGUAAAACAAAUAAUUAUAAUUCAUAGUUAACGUGUAGCAUAUUUGUGAACAGAAUGCGUUCAAAUUAAAACAAACACAUUUCUAGGUUAUCAAUUGGAUUAUCAAAUACAAUACUCAAAACACCAUUCAUUUAUUGAUGUACGGCAGAUCGCUUGGUGUUCAGUUGUAACUGUUUUUUUCCUCUACUGAUGAUAUCUUCACUACAAUUGUCAUUCUUAUUUCUGAGUUUGUUAUCACAAUCAAUGGCUAUGAUUCAAAAUGUUGAUUACUUCAAUCACUACAAUUACUACUGCUACUAAUAAUAAUAAUAACACUAUCGAUCAUCAUGUAUCGAUUGGUUGGCUAAGCAAUAACUUUACUUGAUUUCUUUACCAUUCUAAUCAACAUCAUUACUAAUGGUACUGCAACCAGUUGCAGUUCAAACUGUCUUCUGUUUGUCCGCUUACAGUGUAUACGUGAUACUUGACUUCUCUAUCGGUUUUGAUUUGCUUACAAGUAUUAUGAUUGCCUAUGAUUUCCAUGUAUAUAUAUAUAUAUAUAUAUAU